AUGUUCAGGCCAUCGUCGUCUACUGCCCGAAUAUCGCGGCCGUUCCGCGUCAAACUUCGUCGUUCUUUCGCGACCGUCCAGGACACCCCCGUCCGCCGCUAUGGUGGCUUGAAAGACCAGGAUCGCAUUUUCACCAAUGUCUAUAGCAGACAUGACCAUGGUUUGAAGGGAGCUCAGUCGCGCGGUGACUGGCAUCGAACAAAGGAUAUUCUUGCUAAGGGCGAUGCUUGGAUAAUACAAACCAUCAAGGACUCGGGUCUGCGCGGUCGGGGCGGUGCUGGUUUCCCAAGUGGUCUGAAGUGGAGCUUUAUGAACAAGCCUGGAUGGGAGAAGGAUCCUAGACCCCGCUACCUAGUCGUCAACGCCGACGAAGGUGAACCCGGGACGUGCAAGGAUCGCGAGAUCCUUCGCGGUGACCCUCACAAACUCGUCGAGGGCUGCCUCGUUGCAGGACGCGCGAUGAAUGCGACGGCCGCGUACAUCUACAUCCGUGGCGAGUUCUACCAGGAGGCCUCGCACCUGCAACAGGCGAUCACGGAAGCAUACAAGGCCGGUUUUCUCGGGAAGGACGCGUGCGGCUCCGGCUACUCCUUCGACGUAUACCUCCACCGUGGCGCUGGCGCGUAUAUCUGCGGUGAGGAGACCGCCCUCAUCGAGAGCCUCGAAGGUAAGCAGGGCAAGCCACGCCUUAAGCCACCCUUUCCCGCGGACGUCGGCCUCUUCGGCUGUCCGUCGACCGUCGCGAACGUCGAGACUGUCUCCGUCGCCCCUACAAUCUGCAGGCGUGGCGCGAGCUGGUUCGCGGGUUUCGGCCGCGCGCGGAACCAGGGUACAAAGGUGUUCUGCAUCAGCGGACACGUGAAUAACCCAUGUGUCGUCGAGGAAGAGAUGAGCAUUCCGCUGAAGGAUUUGAUUGAGAAGCACUGCGGCGGCGUGCGGGGCGGUUGGGAUAACCUACUCGGUAUUGUUCCCGGUGGAAGCUCCGUCCCCGUUUUGCCGAUCAAGAAGUGCGAGGAAGUCUUGAUGGAUUACGACUCGCUUAAGGAUGCGCAGUCCGGACUCGGCACUGGCGCCGUCAUCGUCAUGGACAAGAGCACCGACAUUGUCUCUGCCAUCGCGCGUUUCGCCCACUUCUACAAGCACGAGUCGUGUGGCCAGUGCACACCCUGCCGCGAGGGCACAACAUGGAUGAUGAAUAUGAUGGACCGCCUCGUCGAGGGGAGAGGGCAUCAGCGCGAGAUUGACAUGCUCCUCGAGAUCAGCAAACAAAUCGAAGGACGCACGAUCUGCGCGCUCGGUGACGCGGCCGCUUGGCCCAUCCAAGGCCUCAUGCGCCACUUCCGCCCCGAGGUCGAGGCACGCAUCACCAAGUUCCGCGCAGAGCACGGGACGGUCCUCUUCGGUGGGCGCCUGAAGAGCACGACGGAUCCGACACUCGCUCUUCCCGAUAACUUGGGCGCGAACUUACCUGAGGUACCCCCGCCGUCGGCCUGA